AUGCGUGACUCCAACUUUAGAGCUGUUUCCGGCAAUAAAGCGGCAGUGACAAUAACAACCAGUUUAUAUGAUAGGAGGGCUUUAGAUGUCACCUCCGACAAGCCGUUGGUGAAUUCGUUGAAUUAUCUUACUUAUCUAGUCAGUUCGUCAGCAAAAGUGAGAGAGACAUUAUCAGUCGAUGGAGGAAUUGAGAGGCUAAUUGAUAUCUUGCAAGAAUGCCAUAACGGCGACUUGCACACGGACAACUUUACAGAGGAAAAAAAGUUGUUGGUGGCGUGGAAAUGGACCUUGGCUUUCCAAUGCAUAGUACUCGUGGGGACAAGAGGUACAGAAAAAGUGAGACAAAAAGUCGUCAAGGCUGGUGUGUUGCCAAUUAUUGCAACCGUCUUGGAUAACUAUUUAUCAUUGCAUGAGGGCACUUUCCGACACAUGCAUGCAAAUUCAACCACAUAUUCGGACGAUAAUGGGAUUAGCCCCGCUGAAAAUGUUUUCCAGUCAAAUCAGCCAGGGCAACUGAUCAACCAAAAUUUGCGCAAUUUGCGACUGAGGCUGACGGAUGGUAUAACCCUGCGAUAUGGUGGCACUACCGCUAGCUCGAACGAUUUCAAUACAUACCGUCUUGUUGCUCGAGAAACUUCCAAUUCAAACACAACAAUAAGUGAUACAAACUUAUUUGGAGAUCAUAACUCCCCCAACAGCUUAAAUAUGGCGAGCCUAACGAUUGAUGAUUAUGAAAACACAAGCGUGGAACAAUUAUUCAACUUGCUUAGACUGAUUGAAUGGACAAAUAAAUAUACUUUUACAAAUGGCAAUAACAAUAGCAACAACAACAGCAACAACAACAACAACAACAACAACAACAACAACAACAAUAACAAUAACAACAAAAUUAGCAACAGCAACGCAAACUCAACCACUGACAGCUCAUUACUUCUAAACGAGAGUGCCGAGUCUGCAGUAGAUGCGGAUCUCAAACGUGCAUUUGUUAUAUUGAACAUUCUAAUUAGAUUAAGGGAGACCAAGGAGGCUGAAAUUUCCAAGCCUGGGUUUGUUGAUGACUGUGAGUUUGAUAUGGAUAGUAAUCUUCUGUUUUUGUCAGUUUUGUAUGCACGCGAUAUGGAAAUAAACAGCGCCAAUGCAAAAAUUGCGGUUCGAAACUUUACAGACACCGGCGUUGUUAUACCAAAAGAUGAUGACAUUGUCUGGUCAUUGCAAUUGUUGGCAUACAUUUCAAAAUACCCGUACUUGAAAGAAUCAAUACAACAUACGCACUUGGAUUUAAAUAUGAGCAUCCGAAGUAAACUUGUUAAAUUAUAUAUAGAGCAAGAAAUCAAGCAGGAAUCAAAAAGAAAUCCUAUUUUACUUAUCAGACAAUCAUCGACACCUAAUCCCCAAGGCGCCGACAAUCAUAUUGAGAACACUAAUCACAGUAUAGGCACAGGUCUAGAGAGGUUUGACCCGAGUGCGUCCAACUCUCCUCAAAUGGUGAAAGCGUUAACAGAUGAUAAUCUAAUACUCAACGAGGACAAUUUUUCUUUGAGUGUGCCACUGCUAAAGUGCAAAGGAAGGUAUGUUGGCGAGAGUACGGAUGCGAUGGACUCUGCUAGUGCUGCUAGUGCUGCUAGUGCUGCGAGUGCUGCCAUUGCUAGUCGAGAAGAUUCUUUUGGUAAAGACGAAUAUUGUGCUGAGAAUGAAGAAGAUCCCGACGAAUACGAGGAAACUGUUUCUGAAACUAGCGGUAGUUUGGUGGAUGCUGCAUCUACACAUUCUUUUGAUUAUAUACUCAGCUUUUAUGAAGCUUUGUUUGAGUGCGAGCAGAUACAGGAUAAAUUUGAACGCAAUAUUAGGUCCUAUCAGCUUUUGAGCAAACUAAAAUUAUACAUUGAAAUGGAACGCGAUAAGCUUUGUGAUGCUGUUAUUGAAUGCAGACUCAAACAAAAGACGGAUCUUGAAAAGAGAUGGAACUAUGAGACUUAUAACUAUUUUAGUGUUGAUGAUUUUGAUGAAGAUAAAGAUGAUCGGUUAUCUGCUUGCAAAGAAGUUGACUUAUUUCCCUUAGUUGAGAAAUUCACAUUCUUGUCUGGGAGUGACAUGUACUACUGGGCAGGGGUUAUCAUGCGAAAUUCAUGCAGAAGGAAUGAACUUAAAGGUGGGAUACGCCAAUGUGGGAACUUGGAGUGCGGGAAAUGGGAGAAAUAUCCAAGGGAGUUUCUGAAAUGUAGAAGAUGCAAAAGGACAAAAUAUUGUUCCCGAGACUGCCAAAUGAAGUCAUGGCAUUGCCACAGGAACUGGUGUAUACCAAGCGCAUCUAGUAGUUCCGCCAGUAGCAGCACUACGACAGGCAAUACUAUUUCGAUUCAUGGCAAUCAACAACAUCAUACCCAUCCACAUAAUCAAGAAACCGCUAAUUUCGAUGAAGGCGGUGAUUGA